AUGUUGUCAAGUUCUAGUAAAACCUUAAAAAAAGGGAAUCUUUCUGACAUUUCUGAUAGACAUUCUUCUUCUACCGUAACAAGAAAAUCGUCGAAAAACUCGACGUCAACCAAUGAUACAGCAACAAAUGAAUCUUAUUCGAGUUUAUCACCUGAAACUCAAAACAUUAUAAACUCAAUAAAAUCAACUGAGAAAAAAAAAACAAAUGUCUCACGCGCUAUGGUAGAGGAAAUUUUGAGAGAUGCCAAACUAAAGGCUGCAACUCGAGCUAUUGAAAAUAACCCUUCAUCAGCUUCAACGAAGAAGUUAGAUACUUCUCGUUUGGUUGGCACUAAAUCGAUGUCCUCUGUUGGAAAUUCAUUAGAAAAUAAAUAUGGUUUUAAUACAUUAUCCACAUCAGAUCAAGUUGAAAAAAAAUCGCAACUCGAACAAAAUCAAGAUUCUUUCUCUAAAGAUGAAGUAGCUGAAAAUUCUAAAGCGCAGUCAACAAACCGAACUUAUUCACGUUUAUUCCCAACUCGUUUGGCAAGCUUAAUAGGAAUUAAUACCGGAAUAGAUUCAUCAAAAACUGAAUCAAAACUUGAAUCUACUGCCACAACAGAUGAUGUUACUAUACAAACAGGAAAUAGUGCUAAUCAUGUGACUGGUAUAGAUACUUCUCGAAAUAUUAGUCAAGUCAAUGAUGAUAAUAAAUUUUCUCAUAUUAUUGACGAAACCAAUGUAUCAAAAUCUGCAUCGUCUAAAGAGCCUGAACGUUCAAAACAGGGAUCUAACAUAAGUGUUGAUACAAAUUUAGCUAGAGUUCCUCGAAAGGAACAGAAAUAUGUAGUAAGAUCCACUUCCUCACCUCGUUUUACAAAAAAACGUGGUAAAGUUAUUCGUCGCUCAAGCGCCAAAAUCGUACCAAAACAUGGAUCAGAGACAUCGGAGGAUUAUCAACGUGUAUCAAAAUCACCCGUCAAAACAGUUGAGAUAUCUAGCGAACUGGACGAAAUAAAUGCCCAAUUUCAAGAAACUCUUACUGAAUUUUCAAAAAGAUAUCAAGAUUCAACUGUCGCACUCGCAGAAAAGUCUUAUCUUUUGAAGAGAAAUCAGGAAUUAUGGCAUACUGUAGCAGCCAAAGAGGAGGAAAUAGAAUAUCUUAAAAAUGAAUUAUGGCAAGCUGGAAUCAAAAUUCAAGAUUAUGAAUCUGAUCUUAAAGAUAUUAUCGAACAACAACAAGAACCUCUUACACUCACUCAAGAAGACUUAAUACGUAUCGAAAGGGAAAUAGAUGAUCAAGAAGUUUUAAUCAAUGGAUACCAAGGAGAAAACGACAAAUUGGUUGGUGAGAUAAAGAAUUUAAAUGAAAGAUUACGAGUCACUGAAGAUGAACGAGACAAUCACUAUAAUAAAAUUAACGAAUUAUAUAAAGAAAUUGAACAAUUGAAGGAAUCUUUACAUGAACAGGAGACUAAAGAAUUAGUUCCAGACGGUACUAUGCGACAAAUCGAAGAUAUGAAAAAAGAAAUUGAACGUUUAAAAGAAAAGGAAUUAUCCUAUGAGUAUAAAGAACUUGCUCUGAAGGAAAUGGAUGGAUUAAAAAAAGAAUUGAGCGCACUCAGAGACAUAGAGAGUGAAUAUAUGAUUAAAGUUGACGAUUUGGAGCAUCAAUUGGCUGAAGCCAAUGAAGAAAUCGAAAAUGUUACACGAUCUAAAACAGAAUCAUUGGAAAAAUUGACUGAAGAGAUGAAUAUAAUGAAAUAUAAGUAUGAAUCACAAAUUGAGAGUGUGAAAAAAGAAUCGAUUUCAAAAGAAGGGAGAGAAACUCGCUUUCGUAAACUACAAAAUGCUCUCGAGAAAAUAGAAAUAAUAGCGGGCUCAAAUCCAGAGGUGACUCAGGCAUGUACUGAAUUGCGAAGAAUCAAUCUCCUUCCACCUAAAAAGAGGCGUAAGUCAGCAGCAGAUGUAUCUAAAGACAUAUAUGGAUACAAUACUAAAGAAGCACGAUCAACCCGUUCACCCACAACCAAAAAUCUUAAAAGAAGCCCAUCUCAAUCAUCAUUGGGCCGAAAGUCGCGAGCAAGCUCUGUUAGCCGUACCGUGAGUCCUACGCCAUCUGUAUUAUCAAGCGUGAGCGCUUUUAGUAGCAAAGACCUUCAGGAUGAAGAAACUUUAUAUAGCAGCGAAGAGAUAAUUGAAUUAAAAGAAAAGGUCACAAGACUUGAGGAAGAAAACAAAGUCUCCAAUGAGUCAAUAGAAAAAUUAGAAGAAGAAUUGAAGCUACUCAAUGAAACAAAAUCUAAAUUUGAAGAAGAAGUAAAUAGUCUAAAACAAGAAAAGGAGAAGUGCGAUCGUAAAAUGAAAGAGAUGGAGGAAUUGUUGUUAGAACUUCCUCCGGGUGAACCAGAAGAUAGCGAUGAAAGUGCUAGUAAACAGAUGUUAUUACCUAAUCCUCAACCAGUAAUUCCUCCACAAAACUUAAUUCAAGAAUUAGAUAACAAACAAAACAUCAUUGAAGAAUUAGUAGGAAAAUUGAAAAGAAAAGAAGAACAAUUAGAAUAUUAUCAAAAUGCUUAUCUUGAAAAAGCUGAGGAAUAUGAGCAAUUAGUUGAGAGAACACAAGCCGCCGCAACAACUCAAAUAGUACCUAAUAAUACUACUUCAGAAGGAGGAGAAUCUAAUAAUGUUGAUGGCAUUAGUGAUCCAUUAAAGGUUAUUACUGAUGUAUCGUCUACUAAUGAAAUCAAAGACAUUUCCCUUGCAAGUGAUCUUAUGGAUUUCUUUGGUCUUGGAGAUAAUCAGGAAAUUUCUGCAAUUGAAAAGCUCAUUGCACAAUUGGAAAGAACCAUUGUCGAAAGAACAAUGCAGAGAGACGCAGCUCAUCAACGAGCAACUGAUGCUGAGACAAAACUUUUGGCACUAUCAAGAGAAAAAAUGACAUGGGGAAGUGGAUACGAUACAACAGUCAAGAAGCUUAAAACACAGGUUCAACAUCUGCAGGAGUUAUUGCAGAUGGAAAAGAAAACGGCAAGAAAAUCAUUAUCGAACGGUUCUACACAGGAUAAAAAUGAUAAUUCACAUGAACAACCGUUACAAACGGAACAUAAUUCAACGAGUGAUCAACCUCAAUCCACAAAUGAUUCGACAUGUGACUUGAAAGAUCUUCGCAAUCAAAUCGAGUUGUUGACCGCUGAAAAUAAGAGCUUAAAGGCCCAAUUGACUACUUCAGAAGCCAUAAGACAGGCAGUUCACGAGAAUACUCUAACUAUAUUGCAACAGGCCAACAAGUCUUCUCAUACUACCGGUGAAAAUGCGAGUGGAAUAAGAAAAUUAGCACUUGAAAAAGAGGCGGAAGUCAGUGUUUGGAAAGGUCGAUGUGCUGGGCUGGAGAAUGUAAUUGAAAGGCAGCGUGAACUUCUUUCAAUUAUUGCUCCUAUAUCCGGCAAUGCUAUUACAAUCGGAACUAAAAAUUUGACAGAUGGUAAUGGAGAAAUAAAAAAACUUUUCGAGAACGAUGGUGUUGAUGAAAACACACUCACAGAUCUUUCAGAGUCCGCAAAGAAACUGGUUCAACAACUUCGAGAAGAAAACGCGUUAUUACGCAAAGCACUCCCAAUAUGUCAACAACAAAUAAGUAAAAACGAAGAUGACCCACCAAAAUAUACGCCACCAUUGAUGCCCUUUUCAUCAUCUACACCUACAUCAAUCCAGCUUGAUGCACUUGCAUCACAGAUCUCUGAAAUGGAGGCUCGUUUCUUAAAACGCGAAAAGGAAUUGCAGGAUGUCAUUGCUGAAACCAAACGGCAAGGGGAAUUACAACUAGAACGAUGGAGUACUGAGUGGACCCGGAUAUCUAACAAGAUAUCCGGAUAG